AUGGCCGACGCGGAGCUAGAGGAGAUCAGGCGGGCACGCCUUGCGCAGCUGCAGCAACAAGGGGGCGGUCGAGGCGCUGGCGGAGACAACCAGGAAGAACAGAGAAAGCAAGCCGAAGCUGAACGUCGAUCGGCGAUCCUGAACCAAAUCCUCGAGCCCGAAGCCGCCGACCGUCUGGGCCGCAUUCGCCUUGUGAAGGAAUCCCGGGCCGCGGAUAUCGAAAACCGCCUGAUCAUGCUGGCCCAGACGGGCCAACUGCGCCAGAAGGUCUCCGAGGACCAGCUUAAACAGCUCUUGAACGCUGUUGCCGAGAACCAGCGCAAGGACGAGGAGGAACACAAGAUUGUGAUCAACCGUCGGAAAGGAGGAUGGGACGAUGAUGAUGACCUGUUGGAUCUGUGA